GUCGCGCCGCCUUCUGACGUCUUUCCGCCAUCGGGAGUCCGGCAUGAGGAAAGCGGAGCCGCUGGUGGGCUCGGGGCCGCCUUCGCCCGGCGCGUCCUCCUCCUCUUCCUCCUCCGUACCCGGCUUCCUGGCCAAACUUUGGUCCCUGGUCGAGGACCCCGGGAGCGACGAUGUAAUCGCGUGGAGCCGGAAUGGACAGAAUUUUUGCAUUUUGGAUGAACAGAGGUUUGCUAAAGAAUUGCUCCCUAAGUACUUCAAACACAACAAUUUGUCUAGCUUUAUACGACAGCUUAACAUCUAUGGCUUCAGGAAAGUGAUUGCACUUGAAAAUGGCAUGAUCACCUCUGGCAAGAAUAUUGCCAUUGAAUUUCAGCAUCCGUUUUUCAAGAGAGGGAAGGUGGAUUUGCUGGCAAACAUCAAGAGGAAGUCUACCCUGUCACAGGUGGCCACAGUAAGGCCAGAAGAUCUCAAAAUCUGUCCAGAUGACUUGCACAAAGUGUUGUCGGAGGUCCAGGAGAUGAGGGAGCAGCAGAACAGCAUGGACAUCAAGCUGGAAAGUAUGAAAAGGGAAAACAAAGCCCUCUGGAAAGAAGUGGCCUUCCUCCGUCAGAAGCACAACCAGCAGCAGCAGCUCUUGUCAAAGAUUGUUGAAUUUAUACUGGGUUUAAUGAGAGGAAACUGCAUUUUGGGGGUCAAGAGAAAAAGGUCUUUGGCCGAUGCUUCAGACCCUUCGCCUCCAAAAUUCAGCCGCCAGUACAUGCGCAUUCCCGUGGAAGAUUGUGAAACCACAGCCCUUUUGGAUCAUGGCCCAGACUGCCAAGACUCCAUUAUCAUCCGUGACAUCACAGAUGCUCAUGAGGAAGAGGAGGAAGAAGAUGCUGCUGCCCCAGAGAGGUUUUUGGCGCUGGCACACUCCAAUCAUGAAAGGAAGGCUCCUGUGCCCACCAGAGAAGGGAUUCCCACUUGGGAAACACUAGAGACCUCCGAGCCAGAAGAGCCCCAAGGUGACCAUUCAGUUCAGCCCUCGGAUGUCUCCCUCCAGUCCAGUGCUGUGGAGUUGCACACUCCACAAGUCAGCGCGAACGAAGAAGCGGCAGAAGUUAUCGAUUCCAUCAUCAACGAAAACCAAACAACGGCCUCGAGUGACUCUUUCCUUGACAGAGAAGAGAUCCAAGACUUCUUGAAUUGUAUCGAUGCGAGUCUUGAGGAGCUUCAGGCAAUGCUGUCUGGGAAAAAAAACAACCAUGCUUUGGAAACACACACUGAUACUUUCAGUCCAGAGCUUCCUGUGUUGGAUUCAAUCAUACCAGAAGAUCCUCUCAGAUUGGAAAAGGAGAAAAAAAACCCGUCAGUCAUAAAAUAAAGUUACAGGGCAAAUCCACGGCUUGAUUGUCUACUGUUAAAUGGGGCUCCCAGAUUUGACUUCUCUGUUGGAAGGGUGAGGGGGGUGGAGGGAUGCCCAUCAGAACUUGACUCGGCUGCCAUCCCUGUCCUGGAGGGUGUAAAAGAACCAGCUGCCUUUUCUUCAGACCACAAACCUGUAGGAAAGCUGCGGAAUGAGCUGUAGGUAAGCAACCUUUGCUUCCUUUCAGGCCACUGGGUUCAAUGAAAAGUCACCCAGAGUUGCAGAGAGAUGGGUGGGAAAUACAUUUAAUAAGUAAAUCCAUUUCCCAAAUGGCAUUUGUGCUAUCAAUACACGCGCAGGGGUGGGAGGGAUGUGGUGCUCCCCCGCACCCUAUUUUUGGUCCCAGCAGGCUUUAGGGAUGUGGGGGGGGGCAGGGGAGCACGGGGGGCAUUACAUUAUGGGCAUCGGCAUGUGCACAUGUGCUUUCAGCACCCGAGGAAAACAAGGUUUGCUAUCACUGUGUUAAGCCAUUGAGGGUUCAGGAGUGAUUUUCCCGUUCAAGGGAGUUUUGCACCAAAGAAGCCCUUUUGAAAGCAGCUUGAGUUUUGUUGGGACUCUGCCUGGCCUUCUUGCUUGGGCUUUAAGCUCCUUAAUGUUUCUCUUCUCUGUUUAUUAGGGGCAUUUUCCAAGGCCUGGCUUGCUGGUUUUUUUCUGAUAACAUUUGGGUAGUUAAAGGCUUCGACUCGGGCUAAGCCUUUUCUUUUAGGCCAUCCAGCUCUAAUUCUUCCUUCCGCAAGACUUGCUGUAUUCUAUGGUCACAGCAGCCCCCCUAAUAAAAAGUUUCAGGUUAAACAGUUUUAAAUUAUGUUGUGAUAAAGAGACCUCUGCCAAAUCUAAACUCUUUUGCCAACCGAGUACUUAGAAGAAAAUCAAUACAUUUUUCUUUUCAAAUGAGCUCCUUUUUCAGGAUGGUUUGGAUUCUGCUAAUUGGAGUGAAACUCUGGUAGCUUCCACCAACGACCUGGACUUUGUAAGUGGCGCUCAGAAGAACUGUGUUGGAUCUAUGCAGCACACAGGUCUCCUAGGAGGAAAUGGGAGUGGGAUGCGGGGCCUUUUGCUUUUGAAUGAGUGUAGGCGGCUGAGACACGGACUCCCUCUGUUUACAGAGCUUGUGCUCCGCAGGCAGACCAUCCUGGCUUCCUGCAGAGACAAUGUGGCUAGCAAAGAUGGUUUGUUUCAAUAGAGAGUCCCAAAAUGAAAUUUAAGCUGUCAGGUGCUUGCAGUGUUCAUCUUUCAUGUGAUGCACAUAAAAGUAUGCCAUAUUUUU